CCGUGCGCCCGCGGGCAGUGCUGCGCGGUCCCUCCGCCCGCGCUCGGGCGCCUUGGCCGCCGCCGCCUCGGAGCUGCGCCCGGGCUGGCCGGGCGGGGCCUGGGGGACUGGUGAGUGCGAGACGCGCGGGCCGGCCGGACUCCCGACUGCUGCAGGGGCCGCGGGCGCGCGGGUGCAGCUUCCAACUGGAGAGGGCAGGACAGAGCGGAUGGCGUCCUUUAAACUGAAACCCUGCCUUCGUUUGAUGGCGGGAUAGCGGUCCCCUCCCCCAUCCCGAAGUCAGUUCCAUCCCCUGCGGAGGACGCCUCCGUGCGGGCUCGCUUCGGCCCCCUGCUGCUUUUUUCCUUAUGGCGCCUUCGGGGUCGGGCUGGGAGUCCCCGCUAGUCACCGGGCCCUGGCGCGGGGUGGAGGCGCUGAAUCCCGCGCCUCCUGCCCGGCCCUCCGCGGGCAUGUCCUGCGGCUCUGAGCUCCGGAUGCCCCGUGGUGCCACGCUGGCCCUCGGGCCCUGCCUCACGGCAUCGUGAUCCCAGGCAGUGCAUCCCCGCGCUCGAGCCGACAGCCGCAGCAAGUAGCCGUGGGUCCUGGCGCCCAAGUCUCCAGCCAGUCUUCUAAGCCACACGUUGGGUGCUUAGAAACCCCUUUUGGUUUGUUUUUCACUGCAACCUGGGGACAUGAGUAAUUUGAAGUAGUUGAUCUCUUUGCAAAGAGAUAAAGAUUUGUGCUUCAACCACGACUGACGCUAAUUUGGACAGAUAGCGGGUUCUAGUUCCAGCUCUCCUGUGACAUUUUUGUGUUUCAAUUCUUUUAAAAUCUGGGAAAUUUAUACUUAUUUUAAAAGGAGGGUGAAAACGCGCUUUUAAAACCCUUUAGUAUAAAAACGUAGCUUUUUAUUGUAAAUAUUUUUUUUAUACAGAAUAGGAAGAGAAUAUCCACAUUGUGUGAAAGGCCUUUACAAAGACUCAUCUGUUUGGUAUAAAUGCUACGUAUUAUGUGUAGUAGUGUGUUUUGUACAUGGACAUGCUUAUUGAAAAAAAUGACAGGUGCUGACGUAUUUUCUAAGUUGCUUUUUAAAAAAAUGAUGUCUCAUUUUUAUAAAUGUAAAAUAUAUACGUAUACCUUAGCAUAGGAAAAUGUCUAAAUGUCUGGAUGUCUAUACACCAAAAUGUUAACAGUCGUUGUUCUGGGUGAAUAGAUUCUAGAUGGUUUAAUUAAUUUUUUUAAAAUUUUUCUACUUUUCCUGCAAUGACAUGUAUUACAUCUGUAGUUGGUUUAGUGGGGAAGGGAGAGUGAAUGAUAAGUUGCACGUGAUUCAUAAUCUUCCCGGUGAGAGGAGGACUAGUGAGCAAAGGUUUAUGACAUCCCGGAGUAAAAAGCCAAACUUCUUCAUCGGGGCAGUUAUCCGUACAAAAAGCACAUAAAACUUUUGCUGACAUGAAGGAUGGUUAGCAUUUUGGGUCGUGAGUGGGCAUCUUACCAUGGUGCUGAUAGGAGAUCUGAUAAACUGGGGUAUUGUUCAGCCCUAAGUAGGAGUCAGACCUUUCCUGAUCAAAGUGAUCCUAUUCGUCUCACCUGACAGUCUGAAUCCAGGCUAGCUUGCAACAUUAAUUUUGAUGCUAUGCUUGGUUUCCUUUUCUUUUAUAUUCUUCAACUUGGAAAGGAUUUGAAGUGUAUUCUGAAAUAACAAGAAGCUACUUUAAUAUGUCUGGCUGACAGUGUUCAGUGUUCUCCCUGAUACUUUUAGAGCAUUUAAAACAUGAAGUGUAAAGCUUUUGGCUGUAUGCAUUCUAGAAGUGUACAAAAAAGGUAUUAGGAAUAAGUCUUAAAAUUUUAGUUUAUUACAUAAGUGUGAAAAUUGCUUUUCUUUUUUUGAUUUUUGAGUACACUUGGUUGGGAUGUGCUCAAGGAAUGCUAUUUGUGUUGUUAGGCGAGGCAUUGUAUAUAUUGGAAUUAUUUCUAUAAAUCUCAUGGUUGUCAAUUCUUUGGGUGAUUCCCUUCUCUUCCCAACUGGUGGCCGAGUAAGAACUGGAAGCAAGAUGUAACUUGCUGGUAGCAGUGAUUAGCAAUGAAGGUUUAUUCACAUACAGUUAGUUCAAAACCCGGGAGUCAGAAGACAUGUGUUUUCGUCCAUGGUUCCACUACUUAGUUGACGUGACUUUAACUGAGUCUGUUUCCUCAUCAGCAAAACUGGGGUGGGUUUGAUAGUAGCUCCUCUAUGUACCUCAGAGGAUUAUUGUGAAAAUCAAAUAAAAUAAUAGGAAAAUACUCAAACUAAAAAGUGCCAUCUUAUUACCAUAUGAUCACAUCACCUGUAUUGCUGAUAUACCUAGAAAUUAGUGAAGCAGCAAAAAUGGUAUGUGCACCUGAAGUUCCUUACUAGAAAUGAGAUGGUCUUAGUAAUGAUGCCAAGUUCUACCUGCUGUGUGUAUCACCUUGGUGAUAAGACAAGCAGCAUAUAAACCUGGUGGAGAAAACUUAACAAUGCAUUUCUUUUCUAACGUUACUUACCUCCCCACUGCUACAAUGGAAGGAACACUAAUCUGAAAUGGAAGAGGUAGUUUUGAUUCUGACACUAAUCUAUUGUUUGAAUUGGGGUGAUCACUUUAUCUCCCUAUUUGUUUCCAAACUAAAAUAAAGGGAUUGAUAGCAUGGUCUUUAACAUCAGUUAGAUCUUUUUCAAAUCCCAACUCUACCACUUAUUAAGUAUCCCCCUUGACUUGACUUUACUGUGCCUCAGUUUCCUCAUCAAUAACAAGGGGUAAAUAAUAAUGGUUUUGAGAGUGUUGUCGAUUUUGCAUAUCGUAGGAGUAAAUAAGAUAAAGUAUGUGCACAGCCUCGUACGUAGUUGGUGCUCAAUAAAUGAUCAUUAUUAUUCUUCUAUUAAAUAAUCUAUAAGGAUGUAAACAGUUUAAAUUCUGUGAUUUGAUGUUUGUUUUCAUUAUAUUUGCUUUCAUUGUGGCUGAAUAAAUUAGUGCAGGUUUAAUUCCUGUUUUGGUAUUAAGGCAUAGCUAUAGUUUUAGGAGGUAAAUUCAUUUCAAAAAAUAUGACACAUUUACUUAUAUUUACAUAUUUCACAUAAAUACAUUUAUCAAUGUAUACAAUUUUUAGUACUUAAUACAGCAUAUUCAAAAGAAUAUGAUACUUGAAUUCUUUUCAGUUGUAUAACUGGAGUUGCAUUACUUUCCAGCUGAUUAAAGAUCUGGUACCACUGUAUUCUUGAAUCUCAGAAAUGAACUACGUUUUUACUUAUGUGACUUCUGUCAUGUUUUUCCUCCAGGCAUUUUUUUUUUACCGUCUCUGAAAACUUCCCUGUAACUCAUUUUUCCUCACUCCUGUAUUAAGAAUUACACCAAAUUGAAAAGAUAUGAACGAAUAUCCUAAAAAAAGAAAAAGGAAGACUUUGCACCCUUCUCGUUAUUCAGAUUCCUCGGGCAUAAGCAGAAUUGCAGAUGGAUUCAAUGGAAUUUUUUCUGAUCAUUGUUAUAGUGUCUGUUCUAUGAGACAACCAGACUUAAAAUAUUUUGACAACAAAGAUGAUGAUUCUGACACAGAGACAUCAAAUGACUUGCCAAAAUUUGCAGAUGGAAUCAAGGCCAGAAACAGAAAUCAGAACUACCUGGUUCCCAGUCCUGUACUUAGAAUUCUAGACCACACUGCCUUUUCUACAGAAAAAUCUGCUGAUAUUGAAAUUUGUGAUGAAGAGUGUGACUCGCCUGAAUCAGUCAACCAACAAACUCAAGAGGAGAGUCCUAUAGAAGUUCACACUGCCGAAGAUGUUCCCAUUGCUGCAGAAGUGCAUGCAAUUUCUGAAGAUUAUGAUAUAGAGACAGAAAACAAUUCCUCUGAAAGUCUCCAAGACCAAACUGAUGAAGAGCCGCCAGCUAAACUCUGCAAAAUUCUUGACAAGGGCCAGGCUUUGAAUGUGACUGCCCAGCAGAAAUGGCCUUUACUGAGAGCUAAUAGCAGUGGCCUCUAUAAAUGUGAACUCUGCGAGUUCAACAGCAAAUAUUUUUCUGAUUUAAAGCAGCAUAUGAUCCUGAAGCAUAAGCGGACCGAUUCAAAUGUGUGUCGAGUAUGCAAGGAAAGUUUCUCUACCAGGAUGCUUCUGAUUGAACAUGCCAAACUACACGAGGAGGAUCCCUACAUUUGUAAAUACUGUGAUUAUAAGACAGUAAUUUUUGAGAACCUCAGCCAGCACAUUGCAGACACCCAUUUUAGCGAUCACCUUUAUUGGUGCGAGCAGUGCGAUGUCCAGUUCUCCUCAAGCAGUGAACUCUACCUACAUUUCCAGGAGCACAGCUGUGAUGAACAGUACUUGUGUCAGUUCUGUGAACAUGAAACGAAUGAUCCAGAAGACUUGCAUAGCCAUGUGGUGAAUGAACAUGCGUGUAAAUUAAUAGAGUUAAGUGAUAAGUAUAACAGUGGAGCACAUGGACAGUACAGCCUUUUGAGCAAAAUUACCUUUGACAAAUGUAAAAACUUCUUUGUGUGUCAAGUAUGUGGUUUUCGGAGCAGGCUUCAUACAAAUGUUAACAGGCAUGUUGCUAUCGAACAUACUAAAAUUUUUCCUCAUGUUUGUGAUGACUGUGGGAAAGGCUUUUCAAGUAUGCUAGAAUACUGCAAACAUUUAAAUUCACAUUUAUCUGAAGGCAUUUAUUUAUGUCAAUACUGUGAAUAUUCAACAGGACAAAUUGAAGAUCUUAAAAUUCAUCUAGAUUUCAAGCAUUCGGCUGACUUACCUCAUAAAUGUAGUGACUGCUUGAUGAGGUUUGGAAAUGAAAGGGAAUUAAUAAGUCACCUUCCCGUCCAUGAGACAACUUGAUUGUUCUCCUUAACUUCCAUAAUGUUAAUGUAAAAUAAUAAAUUUGACUUUUUUAGAGAUGUUAAAAUGGAUGAUUUUAAACACAACUUAGGAGAAUUGCCUUUAACAAAUAAGAUUUUUAAUUGUCCAA